UGCCCUCUCGCCUCUCUCCGGGGGUAUAUAUAGCCUGAGAAGGAACCGGGACAGUCCCGGCAGUCAAAAUGAGGCUUUUCCUCCCCGUCUGCUGCCUGCUGCCUCUACUGGCUCUUGCCACUGCAGAUGCAGUGGAGUCUGAGACUGAACCUCUUGUGCCGUUCAAACUGAAGUCUGAAGGCGAGCUCUUCAACUGCUGUGAUGGCACAGAGGAUAUAAGCCAGAGCUCCUCCAAUGACACUCCUGCCCCGAACAGACCUGUGUGUCAACCAUGCGGCACAGGUGCACAUAUUGACACCACGGCAGAAGAUGUCAGCUCUAACGAGGACGAAGAGGAGGAGGAAGUUGUUUCAGAAGAGAAAUCUGAAGGGUUGAGUCAAGAAGAGACCUCUUCUGAAGAAGAGGAGGGGGCACAGGAAGAGGAUUCAGAUGUUGAGUCAGACGAAUCUAAUGAAGUGGUGGAGGAGGAAGUUGACAUGAAGGAGGAAGAAGACAGUGGUGUAGAGGGAGUGGAAGAGGAAGAUUCUCAGGCCGAUGAGGAGGUGGUUGAGGACGAGGUGGUUCUUCAAACUGAAGAUGAAGCAGGUGAAGAAGAGGAACUUUCUCAGACUGAAGAGGAGGUAGUUGAGGAAGAGGAGGUUCUUCAGAUCCAAGAUGAGGCAAGUGAGGAAGAGCAAGUGGAAGAGGCAACAGAGCAAGAAGCUGAAGAAGAGGAGGAAGGAGCUCCUGAGGUUGCCAAAGAAGAGCAAUCUGUAGAGGAACCAGAAAUCGUGGAAACUGAGGAACUAGUUGGAGAUGUUGUUGAGGAGGUUGUUGAAUUAGCCCAAGAGGUACCAACUCCAGAACAAAUUAUGGUUCAAGAAGAUGUUCCUGCUGAAGAAGCAACAGUGGAAGAAGUGUCAGAUGAUGUACCAGCAACCAAAGCAUCUACGAAAGUGAAGAAAACAACCCCCUCAGGUCCUGCCACAAGAAAUCGGUCUCACAUUGAAGAAACGCUGCGUCUGGCAACAGCUGAACCUUCACGGGAAUUUGUCAAUGCUCUGAAGAAGCUGCAGCACGUCUACAACAGUGCAAUUAAACCCAUGGACAGGGCCUACAAAUACAAUGAGCUCAGGCAGCACGAAGUUUCAGAUGCAGAGAUCACCUCUAAGCCCAUGGUGCUGUUCUUGGGUCCUUGGAGUGUUGGCAAGUCUUCCAUGAUCAAUUAUCUUCUGGGUCUUGAUGACUCUUCACAACAGCUUUACACGGGGGCUGAGCCCACAACCUCAGAAUACACUGUAUUGAUGCAUGGUGAAAAGUUUCGCACCAUUGAGGGCAUUGUCAUGGCUGCAGACAGUUCCCGCUCUUUCUCACCACUGGAAAAGUUUGGUCAGGGGUUCCUGGAGAAGCUGGUGGGAAUUGAGAUGCCACACAAACUCCUGGAGCGCGUCACCUUUGUGGACACACCUGGAAUCAUUGAGAACCGCAAACAACAAGAGAGAGGCUACCCCUACAGUGAAGUGUGCCAAUGGUUUAUCGACCGCGCUGAUCUCAUCUUCCUGGUGUUUGACCCAACCAAACUGGACGUCGGAUUAGAACUAGAAAUGCUGUUCAGACAGAUGAAGGGACGCGAGUCUCAGAUCCGUAUCAUCCUUAACAAGGCUGACAGCAUAACAACCCAAGACCUAAUGCGCGUGUACGGCGCCCUCUUCUGGAGCAUGGCACCUCUGAUUAAUGUGACAGAGCCACCACGUGUCUACGUGAGCUCAUUUUGGCCGCAGGAUUACGCUGUUGACACCAACAGAGACCUUUUUAAACGUGAGGAGAUCUCUCUGCUGGAGGACCUAAAUCAAGUCAUCGAGAACCGGCUGGAAAACAAAAUCGCCUUUAUUCGGCAGCACGCCAUCCGUGUGCGCAUCCACGCCCUCUUGGUCGACCGCUACCUCCAGACGUAUUAUGAGAAGCUGGGCUGGUUCAGUGACCCACAUGAGGUUUUCAGUGACAUUGUCAGUGACCCUGACAAGUUCUACAUCUUCAAGUCCAUUCUGGCCAAGACCAAUGUGAGUAAGUUUGACUUGCCAGACCCAGACGCGUACCGGGACUUCUUUGGAGUCAAUCCUCCCAGCGGCUUCAAGCUCCUCUCCUCGUACUGCAGCUGGUCAGGCGGAUGCCUGCUGGAGAAGAUCGAGAAGGCCAUCACAGAUGACCUGCCGGCUUUGAUCAGCAGUCUGGCAGAGAGACGGGAAGCCAAAGCAGAGGCGGCUGCAGAAACCAAGGAGAAACCCCAGGAGAAACCCAAAAACCCUUGGAGGAGACAGCAAUAGAAGAACGGAGGGAGAUCUGGGAAGUAUGGAAGAAUGGUACCAAUGCAAUGAAUGGAUGGAUGAGAGAGUAUAAGUGACACAGGGAAGCCAGUUAAGGGGACAGUUGACCCAAAAAUGAAAAUUCGGUCGCUAAUUACUCACCUUCAUGUCGUUUCAAACCCAUAAGACCUGCCCAUCUUCAGAAUACAAAUUAGGAUAUUUUUGUUGAAAUCCAAGAGCUUUCUGACCAUGCAUAGACAGCAAUGUAACUACCACGUUCAAGGCCCAGAAAGGUAGUAAGGACACCGUUAAAAUAGUCCAUGUGACAUCAGUGCAGGGCUCAACAUUAACAAUUGUCUGGGACAAGUGGAUUUUGUGAGGGGGCAAGUGAAAGAGAAUUUUACUUGCCUGACUGGACAAGUAACCUGAUUAAAACACCAAUAACAAACAACUAGGGCAGCACCGAAACUUUGGUGAGAAUGAUUCUGAUUUUAUUACUUUAAGUGUAAACGGUGACCGAUAACAGGGUGACUGAUAAUCAUGGAAAAAUCAAAACUAAUAGCACACACAAAGAAACAAACAAAUGAACAAACAUACUGCAGUAGCAAAAAAAAAAAAGAUAAAUAUUGUAUAUUACAUAUGAUAUAUGCAAGCAACAUCAAA